UGAUUUUACCCCAUUUUCUCGUGCGAGAGAUGGCGCUGCAUCCGUAAAACUUGCGACACAGCAGAGACCGCAACCUUGGUAUGCAAGCCACCGACUGGUGAUGUCAACGUCGAAUGAUUCCGGCCAAACUAAGAUUACAUCACUAUCUGGCGCCUCUGGUGACUUCUACCUGCCGAUGGCUUAGGAGCUUAGGAAAUGGACGCUAUAAGGCUUGGAAGCACCCCCGCACCAUAUCGUAGGACUCGUUAUCCUUUCCUAUGCAAAGAACAAUAUGGAGACAGUCAACCGCCCAGAUGAAUGGAAAAUCGAGCAAGGCCUGGCUGGGGCCAAGCUGCCCUUCUUAGACCAGACAGGGAAUGAAAUAAUUGCCAUCCCCCCGCACCAAUGGGAGGGAGCUACAAAAGAUGAAGCUGCCAUCAAAGCCGUUGGCGACCCUAACAAGCUGUUCCGCCGAGAGCUCGAAGGCUGGAAAGGCUACGUGGAAUGGGAGAAAUAUCCGGAGAAGAAGGCAAAGGCACACAAGAUACUCAAGUCUCAGACCUUUCCCCCAAACGCAGAGUUCCAAAUGGGGCCAAUUCCAAACACAAACCCCGUGCUGCCCGGCACCCAUUGGAAGAUGUGGCACCAUGCCAUUGGAGGCGAACUUACCGACGUUCCUGAGGAUUCCUGGAAAACGGUUCUCCGCGAAAAACACCCUGAGAUGCUGCAUCUGCUUCAAUUUCCCUACAACGGCGAGCCUCCUAAACGACUUGUGACCUCGAAAGCUAUCACCCCGAAUCCGCUUCACUUUGUUCGAAAUCACGGCGGAAUACCGCUCAUCGAGAAAGACAAGUGGAGUCUUACACUCGAUGGGCUGGUUGCUAAUCCCAAAUCCUACACCUUGGAUGAUCUCAUGGACGAAUCCAAAUUUCCGCGAAUGGAGAAGCUUGUCACCAUUCAGUGCUCCGGAACGCGCCGCAUAGAGCAGAUUAGCCUGUACCCGGGCCAGGGAGACGAGGUUCCGCAGGCUCCAUGGGCCGAAGGUGCUAUCGGUACGGCCAAGUAUGUUGGUAUCAGCUUGAAGAAGGUGAUCAAGGAUUGUGGCGGGCUCAUCAAGGGCGGGAAACACCUUGAACUCUACGGCGCAGAGACCUAUUUCAAGAGUGACGAAGUUAUGAACUACCUCGUCAGUGUCCCUUGGUCUAAAGUCAAGGCAAACGAGGUCAUCCUCGCUUGGGAGAUGAAUGGAGAGCCUCUGCCAAAGAUCCAUGGAUACCCCUUAAGAGUUGUCGUCCUGGGUUACAUUGGUGCUCGAAGCGUGAAGUGGCUUUAUCGCAUUAAAGCGAUUAAGAACCCAACUAUUGCCCCAGUCCAGAGCAAGGAGUAUCUGUACUUCAACCAGCAGGUUGGUAAGCACAAUCAACGACCGACCGACGGAAUCCAGAUUCAAGAGAUGCCUGUUAGUUCGGCCAUCAUGUCUCCAUGGACGAAGCAGGUUGUUAUCCAUAACGGCAAGAUCCGCUGCAAGGGUUGGGCCUAUUCUGGAGGAGGGAGAUGGCCUGAGAGGGUGGAACUUUCAGCUGAUGGGGGAUUUAGCUGGUAUGCUGUUCCUAACGAAAAUCUCUCCGCGAAGCACAAGUGGACAUGGCGCACUUGGGAGUUCGACCUUCCUUGCGAUGUCGAAGGUUGGGUAGAGAUUGUCUGCAGGUGCUGGGAUAAUUCUCUUAACACGCAGCCUUUGAAUAUUCGCGCCGCAUGGAAUUGGGGUCUUCACGUAACAAGCUCGGCGCACAGGAUUAGUGUCUACAGCGUCAACGAGAGUCGGGCUCUAACGAAGCAGCGACUAGCCAAAUUCGAGGAGACGGGUUCUCCUCUAGCCCCUCUCACUUGGCCAGAGGAGUUUCCGACCCAGAGUUUAGAGGACUACAAGAAGUAUUGGAGGGAAAACGAACCUCGAGAUGUAGAUGACUGACUCGUAUCCGAAAAAGCUAGUGGAGUUCGAAGUGUUCUCGCAU